AUGUCGCAUGGUAAUAGAUAUAAACAGAACGGUGAUGAAAUGAAUUCGAAGAAUAAUAUACCUAUGAGAAUAAACCGUAGAAAUUGUUGGUAUCAUGAGACUGAUAAUCAUGAUAUUGGCAAAUGUACAGCGUUUAGUAGAUUGGAUGGUCAGACUAAAAUAGAUUUAAUUCGCAAACAAGGAGGAUGUUUUAGUUGUCUCAAGAUUGGUCACUUAUCAAGAUACUGUUCAAAUAGGAAACCGUGUGAUGUCCUGGAUGAAAAUCAACAAAUGUGUGGGAGGAUGCACCAUCAAGCUUUACAUGAAAUUCAAGUCAAUGGAUCAACGUUUCACAAUUGUAUCAGUAUUGUUAAUGGAGAUAAAGGUAGAGAAGACGUUUUGCUCAUGAUAAGCAAGGUUCCGAGCAAUGGAAACUAUUUGACAGCACUAUGGGAUCCGGGAGCUAACAUCUCACUUAUAACACAUGAUUCUGCACGGAGACUGAACCUCAAGGGAAGAGAUGUAACAUUGUCCGUGACAAAGGUCGGCAACACUACUGACUAUAUCCAAAGUAAAGAAUAUAUAGUUCCACUAACUAUUUUAAAUGGACAGGAAUGGAAAAUAAGGACGUAUGGAAUGGAUCAAAUUACGGCAGACGUGACUAGGGUGGAUAUCCGUGGCAUCGCUAAGCUAUUCAAAAGCGUGACGGAAAAGGAUGUGAUUCGACCUGAGGGAAAAGUCGACAUAUUGAUAGGCAGUGAUUGUUGUGUUCUUUUACCAACAAAGGCAGAACAAGUAGGAAAUCUUCAACUGAUGAAAAACCAAUUUGGUUACUGUUUGAGAGGUAGUCACACGCUUCUUAAAGUUGGUACGGUGUCUCACCAUUUUGUACGUAUUCAUCAUUUAUAUGGACAACAAUACGACACUGGUAGCAUACAUAUUGUAAAUUUUAAUGGACUGAAGGAAAGUCUAGAUAACUUUUUCAACAUUGAAAGCUUAGGAACUCAAUGCAACCCGAAAUGUGGAAACUGUAAGUGUGGUAAAUGUCCGAUCGGAAAUGGUAAUUACACUAUAGCAGAAGAACGAGAACUGAACAUGAUAAGAAAGGGACUUCAAUAUGACAAAGAUGAAAAACGUUGGACUGUAACUUAUCCAUGGAUAAGAGAAUCGGCAGAAUUGCCUAACAAUAUAGGAGCAGCAAAUCAUCGUCUUGAAUCGACAGAGAAACGCUUACAACGCACCGGGACAAUCUAUGCAAAUGCAUACAAUGAUCAAAUCAAAGAUAUGGUUAAUAGGAACGUUGCCAGAAAACUUUCAGAUUACGAGGUCAGGAAUUAUGAAGGACCAAUUCAUUAUCUACCGCAUCAUGAGGUUCUAAAACCCGACUCUAAGUCAACCCCAAUCAGGAUUGUGUUCAAUUCCUCUUCCACAUACAUGGGACAUGUGAUAAAUGAUUAUUGGGCAAAGGGUCCGAAUGUAUUGAAUGACAUGUUAGUGGUGCUACUGAGAUUUCGACAAAAUAGAAUUGGAAUUGCAGGAGACAUUUCAAAGAUGUAUAAUGCAAUCAAACUUUCAGUUCCUGAUCAACAUACGCAUCGGUUUCUAUGGAGAGAUCUCGAUGCAAGCAGAAAACCUGAUCAUUAUGUGUUAAAGACGGUCACUUUUGGGGACAGACCUAGUGGCACUAUUGCAACCGUUGCAUUAGGAAUGACUGCGGAAAUGAGUAAAGAUAUUUACUCAGAGGCAGCCGAAAUGAUUCUUAGAAACAGUUAUGUUGAUGAUAUCAUUAACUCUGUCGACAAUAAUGAUCAGGCAAGAAAGGUAAUGGAAGACACUGAAAAAUUACUUGUAAAGGGUGGAUUUACAAUUAAACAUUGGAUUGUUACAGGGAAGCAGUCCGACCAAUGGAACGGAUUACAUAUUUCAAAUGAACCAAAGGAAAAGAUUCUAGGAAUGAUUUGGCAACCGAGAGAUGACAUGUUUACAUUUCAAGCAAAAAUUAAUUUUUCAAGUAAACGUCGAGGAAUACACAUUGAUAAAGAUUUGCAACAAACUCAAAUAGAUGACAUACCGUUGAUACUCACGAGAAGAAUGGUUCUUAGUCAAGUUGCGAGCAUUUAUGACCCCUUAGGGUUAGCUUGUCCGUUUGUUUUAACCGCAAAACUACUUUUGAGAUCAUUUUGCAAGACAGAUGGAGGAAAUGGUGGAUGGGAUGAACCAAUAGCAGAUGCAAUGAGAAAAAAGUGGAUUGAGUUCUUCAAGGGAGUAUUUCAACUAGAGUCGAUUCAGUUUCCUAGAUGUAUUAAGCCAGAGGCUGCAUACAAGAACCCCGUAUUAGUAGUAUUUUCAGAUGGAAGCAGUGUAGCAUAUGGAGCAUGUGCAUACAUAAGAUGGCAAAUCGGUCCCGAGACAUAUGAAGCGAAUCUGAUUAUAGCAAAAAACAGGAUAGCACCAACAAAACAAUUGUCGAUUCCGAGGUUGGAAUUAUGUGGUGCAGUAAUUGCAUCAAGAAUCAGAGAAAACAUAGUGAAGGAGAUGGACUUUAACUUUAUUCGAAUAAUUCACGUGGUAGAUUCAACAAUAGUAAGAGCUCAGAUACAAAGAGAAAGUUAUGGCUUCGGAACAUUUGUGGCAACUAGAAUAGCCGAGAUUCAAAGUAAGACAGAACCUUCUGAUUGGUGGUGGGUACAAGGGGAACAGAAUCCUGCUGAUUUGACCACGAGAGCAACAGAUCCAACCGCAUUGGUAAUGGAAUCAGUUUGGCAAAAGGGUCCAGAUUUUUAA